CUUGGUCUUCAUAUAAUGCUCCUGGAUGAGUAUCAAGAGCGACUGUUCGUGGGAGGAAGAGACCUCUUGUACUCCCUCAGUUUGGAUCGAAUCAGCAACAACUACCGAGAGAUCCAUUGGCCUAGUACACGUCUUCAAGCAGAAGAAUGCAUAAUUAAAGGAAGAGAUGCUGAUGAAUGUGCUAAUUACAUCCGUGUCCUUCACCGAUACAAUAGAACACAUCUUCUGGCUUGUGGAACAGGAGCUUUUGAUCCAGUUUGUACCUAUAUAAGAGUUGGACAUCCAUCAGAGGAUCAUCUGUUUCAACUGGAAUCGCACAAAUUUGAGAGAGGACGAGGCAGGUGCCCUUUUGACCCUACUUCUUCCUUCACUUCCAUCUUAAUUGGUGGUGAACUUUUUACUGGUCUCUACAGUGACUACUGGGGAAGAGAUGCAGCUGUCUUUCGCACCAUGAAUCGUAUGGCACAUCUCCGAACAGAACCGGAUAGUGAGCGCCUGUUGAAAGAGAGAAAAUUUGUUGGCUCAUACAUGAUUCCUGACAAUGAAGACCACGACGAUAACAAAGUGUAUUUCUUCUUUACCGAAAAAGCUUUAGAAGCUGAGACAAGCACUCAUGCCAUUUACACCAGAGUGGGACGUGUGUGUGUGAAUGACAUGGGAGGACAGCGAAUGCUUGUGAAUAAAUGGAGCACUUUCCUCAAAACCAGACUAGUUUGUUCUGUGCCUGGGAGAAAUGGAAUUGAUACGCAUUUUGAUGAAUUAGAGGAUGUGUUUUUGCUGCAAACUCGUGAUAACAAAAAUCCAGUGAUAUUUGGCCUCUUCAGCACUACAAGCAAUAUAUUUAGAGGAUAUGCUAUAUGUGUUUACCAUAUGGCAAGCGUCCGAGCAGCCUUCAAUGGACCAUAUGCUCAUAAAGAAGGACCAGAAUAUCACUGGGCUCUAUACGAAGGGAAAGUACCUUAUCCUAGACCUGGUUCAUGUGCCAGCAAAGUGAAUGGUGGUCUGUACACUACCACCAAAGACUAUCCUGAUGAAGCUGUCCAUUUUGCCAGGAGUCAUCCAUUGAUGUAUCAGCCCAUCAAGCCUGUUCAUAAAAGACCAAUUCUAGUAAAAACAGAUGGGAAGUACAACCUUAAGCAAAUAGCUGUGGACAGAGUGGAAGCUGAAGAUGGGCAAUACGAUGUGUUGUUCAUUGGCACAGAUAAUGGAAUUGUGCUGAAAGUCAUUACAAUUUACAAUCAAGAGUCAGAAUCGAUGGAAGAAGUGAUUCUUGAAGAGCUGCAAGUAUUCAAGGUGCCAAUUCCUAUUAUUUCCAUGGAAAUCUCUUCAAAAAGGCAACAGCUCUACAUUGGAACUGAAUCAGUCAUAGCUCAAGUGAAGUUUCACCAGUGUGACAUGUAUGGCACAGCCUGUGCUGACUGCUGCCUGGCUCGAGAUCCCUACUGUGCUUGGGAUGGCAUCUCCUGCUCCCGGUACUACCCCACAGGAAUGCAGGCAAAGAGACGCUUCCGCAGACAAGAUGUACGACAUGGCAAUGCAGCUCAGCAGUGCUUUGGUCAGCAGUUCAUUGGAGAAGUCUUGGAGAAGACUGAGGAGCGAUUGGUUUAUGGAAUAGAGUACAACAGCACCCUUCUGGAGUGCACCCCUCGAACCUUACAGGCAAAAGUAAUCUGGUUCGUCCAGCGAGCCCAUGAAACUAAGAAGGAAGAGGUGAAGACAGAUGAUAGAAUAAUCAAAAUGGACCUUGGCCUCUUAUUUCUGAAGCUGCAUCGGCUUGAUGCAGGGACUUAUUUUUGUCAGACAGUGGAACACAGCAUAGUUCACACUGUUAGAAAAAUCACCCUGGAAAUAGUCGAGGAAGAACGUGUAGAUGAAAUGUUCAAUAAAGACUAUGAGGAGGAGAUAUCUCACAAAAUGCCAUGCCCAGUGCAGAGCAACAUACCUCAGGUAUCUAAACCAUGGUACAAAGAAUUUCUUCAACUGAUAGGUUACAGCAACUUCCAGAGAGUGGAGGAAUACUGUGAAAAAGUCUGGUGUACAGACAAGAAGAGAAAAAAGCUGAAAAUGUCUCCAUCCAAGUGGAAAUAUGCCGGUCCUCAGGAGAAGAAGGCAAGGAUCAGGCCAGAGCACUACCGGUUGCCCAGGAACAUAGCUGACUCUUGAUGGACAAAAAUCCAUCUUCUGUUUCUGGGCAAAAUUUUAUUUGGACUUCAGUAAGAGGGAAAAAAUCAGUUUGGUUUUGGUACACGAAACAGGUUUAUAUGUAUAAAAUAUCAGGACUGAAAACAAAUAUACUAUGGUAAGUUAUACUGUACACUCAUGACUGUUUAGAAGCAUUUUACACAAAAUUUUAUCUGUUUCUAAGUAGGUGAAUGCAAUCAGAGUUUUGCUUUAGGAAGGGUGUGACAAUCUUCAGACUUUGAGUGCUUGAAUCAGUUUCCUGUGUGGACCAUGCUUGUGCUGUAUAUUGUUGCAUAUGAUGGCAUAUUUAAGUAAAUUCAAAUAAGCAUUCACGAGUGGGUGAAAUAUAGAACAUGUAUCUUUCCUUGUUUUCACAAGUUUCUCAUAGUUCUAAAAGCAGCAUGUCUUAAGAUCUUACAUUUUGAUUGUGACCAGUUCAAAUUCAUCACUGAGAGCAGUGAGAUUUGUUAAUAUGGUGUCCUGCUAUUUCUAAAGAUAAUGAAGGGAAACCGUAUUUACUUCCCACCAUUAUUUGUCUCAUCAGUUAUUUAUAAAGCACAGUGUACUGUCACGGCUAAAUGAUAUUACCUAGUAACUUAAUGUAAGUCAAAUGCAUGCUGGGAACACAAAGAGAAUGAAAUUCUUCAACGCAUCUAUACAAAAUGUUGGAAUAAUGGCUUAGAUAGAAAACAAGCCUAUCUUGUCUCUAAAAACGGACAUUGCCUUAAUAACAACACAAAUUAAGCGACUGCCCUCUUGUGGCUAAACAGAGCAAAUCUGAUGGUAUUAUAUAUUGUCUCAAGUAACAUGUGUAGCUAAGAAGUAUUCCUAGAUCCACAGCUGGUUUGUUUUCAGCAUAUACUUCUUCUCUCCAUGUGCCAAAUCCACAGAUUUAGAAGGUAGUGUUGGAAGUCACUCAUCCUGAAAAGACAGCAUUUAAAGUAAUACUUUAUGUCAUUAAAGUACUUUUGGGAUUAAAUGCAGUAAUACAAAGUUAGGAAGUAGAAUGAAACAGAAACAGCAUUAUGCAGCUGCUUUUCGUAGUCUGAUCCAGGCAAACUUUCCUGGUGCAUGAUCUCUGGUCAAAAGAGCUGCUUUUCUGCUCUUGUGCUUGAUACUAGGAGAGGAGAUCAAAGAAGUAAG